AUUUUUUUUCUCGUCUUCCUGGAAACGCUACGGGAGUUGGGUCACGCGGUUUUUUUCCGAUGGGUUCCAAGCCGAAGCUGGCUUCAACAGCGGCGGCGCCCGACUACUUCGCUCGCUGCCAACGCUGGGCUGCUGCUCGUUAGCUCAGCUGGAGCUCUUGUGGAAUCGCUCCGAUUGCGGCGGUGCCUCCCCUUGUGUUCUUGUGGAACGCCGAGGUCUUUAUUUAUGCAUCUCCGGUCCCUGAUCUGUCGCUGGGAGCCGAUCACCCUGCUCGCUUGCCGUGCGCAGCAGCGCGGAGUAGGGCGCACUAAAGUGACGGUGGACCGUGCGGAGCGACCGACGCUGUGGGGGCGGAGGAGGUGCCCAGGGGGGGGACAUGGUGGCAGGGGCCGGACGCAUGGCCCACAAAGGAGGCGGUGGCAAGAGCGGCGCCAAGGGUGGCACCAAGGGCGAGGACCGCACUGCGGUGCUCUCCCCCUUUGCCCACCAGGUCGGGGGCCACAGCCAGAUGCUGCUGCUGGACCAGGGCACUCUGUGCAAGCCCCUCAUCCCCAGGGAGCUGCACUUCUACCUCCACGUGCCCAGGGAGAUGCGCCAGUUUGUGCCUUCUUACAAAGGUGUGAUCCAGGUGCACUGCGCUGAAGACUCGUCUCCCUGGUGCCACUCCAGCCACCGGCAGGGGCGGCGUUCGUCACACUGCUCAGCGGAAGACAUGGCCUCUUGGCGGUGCAGCCACAAUGCCAUUCAGCAGCAGCUCAAGGUGCAGAUCUGCAGUUGCAACGAGGAGAGACUGCUUUUGCGAGAGCCCCACUGGAGCAGUAGCCAAUACUUCCUUCUCCUGGAGAAUGUGGUGUCGCACUUCCAUCGGCCGUGCAUCCUGGACCUAAAGAUGGGCACCCGGCAACACGGGGACGAUGCCUCGGACGAGAAGCGGCAUCGACAGAUGGCCAAGUGUGCUGCCAGCACCUCGGCGUCGCUUGGAGUUCGCAUCUGUGGCAUGCAGGUGUACCAAACGGACGUUCGUGCCUUUGCUUGCAAGGACAAGUACUACGGGCGGCGUCUGGACGACCGGGGCUUCCGCCGCUGCCUGCGACAGUUCUUCCACGACGGCUUCCGGCUCCGCUCCGACCUGGUCGGACUGGUGAUCCAACGGCUUCAAGCCCUGCGCAAGGCUGUGGAGCGCCAAAACUCCUUCCGCUUCUACUCCUCCUCCCUGCUGAUCAUCUACGAGGGCUGCGACGAAGAGGACGACUGCUCCGGACACGCAUCGACAAGUGGGGCGGAGGUGGAAUUGGAGGCCGGGCUCUCCCUGGACUGCUCCGACGAGUCGUCGUUAGACUCCUCUCUGGAUUCGUCUUCCGUGAGCGUGCGACCGCGGCGAGAGUGGCGGCCACGUGUGGACGUACGCAUGAUUGACUUUGCCCACACGACUCAUGAAGGCUACGAGGGAGACACCAUGGUGCACCAGGGACCCGAUGCUGGCUACUUGUUGGGUUUGGACAACCUGUUGCGGUUGCUAUGUGAUGUCCAAGACAGGGAAGAGGUCAAGUGAGGUCGUCGACCUCCCUGCCUUGCCGUGGCAGUUCGUCCGUGGCCCCCUGGGUGUUGAGAACAGGGUAGAUGUCACGCGAGGGCUUUCACAUCCUGUCCAGGGUUCGUCGCAGUGUCAAAGAAGAGGGCAGGCGACCUCAAUUUCCUGCUGCAGCAGUUCAUCUGGCACCUUGUUUCAGCUCUUCGGGAAGAGAUGAAGUUUCGUCGUCGACAUCUUGUGUCUGCUGCUGCAGUUUGUCCAUAUCCUCUUCCAUCUCUUGCGAAGCUCGAGAUGAAAAAUGGGUGAAAAACACGUCCACGGAGGCCGCCCGCUUUUGUUGUGAUUCGUGAAGAACUCUUACAUGUAGUCUGUAAGGUUCAAGGACAAAGUAGUAGUCCAAAGCUGGCAGAACAUUUGCAAGAAGACAUAUCUUCUGCAUCCAUUCUACAGCUCCGGCUUGGGUCGUCGUGCUAGCCUUUUCUGAACAUUGGAGACUGCACAAAUGAUGGUGACGUGUGCUCAUUGGGCUCAAUCUCGGCUUACCCUUGUGGCUGCAGUACCUGCAAUGGCCAGCCCAUCCACACUACGGUUGCCAGUAGUACCCAGGGCACAGGCUGAAACUCUCUAGGCAACGUCUCGAGUGUCAUGCAACAUUGCAAGUGAAAAAACUCGCCAAGGAUGGCGAUAAACUUCCACUCGCUGCUGCAGUGUCUCCCGAGGUUCUGCUGCACUUUUUCCACUCAAGGAAGACACAAUUUGAAGUAAUCUCAAUUGCUUGCUGAACUGAAAUAUGAUAAGAUAUAGCCGAAUUUGACAAACUGAAGGACACAAUCUUGUUCAAUAUGUUUCCUUCCAUCUGUACGAAUGUUUUCACUGUGCACAUAGGUCCAUAAACAAAUUACUCUGCAAGCCAAGCGCCGUUUACUCGAGAGAAGGGCACCUGGCUUGUACAGCACCCUGCUUCUUUGGCUGCCACUUUUUCUGGUGGUGAGCAGUUUCCUCGAGCCUGCGUUACUCAUCGAAGCCUUUGUGGGCGUCGUAGGGCUUAAAAGCCCGUCUGCACCUUGCCCGUUCUUCCCUCCCCCUCGACUCCGCCUACUUGUUCCCGUGGGUGUUUUCCCUUUUCAGUCUGAUGUUACUUCCCUCUGUUGUUGCAAGCCUCAACAAGCCAGUGUGUUCAGCCUCCAGCAGGGGACUUUGCUCUCUUUCUUGGUCUUUGUUUUAAUCCCAGAGUGUCUCCCCUUGGCACAUAGUUUCGCUACUCCCGACCAUGUCAUCGCUGUUUGUGCUGAAAUUGUUCCGAUAGUUCGAAGGGAUUCUAAGUGCACAAUCAUUUUGGGGGUCGCUCUGUGCACACUCUUUAUGAGCACUUUUUGUGUGCUUUGGGGUUUACGGACCCGUGUAAAAUAAGAAGUUGAUUUCUUCAGUGAAGAAGCAUACAGUGAUAUUCCAAUGUUUCAUACUGGAGCUCUGUUGCAGAGCCUUUUCUUUUGUUUUGACUCUAGGCUGCUUUUUUCGGCAGAAAUUCCAGUCGUUUGUCAUUUGCUGCGAUUAAAGAUUAAGGUAAAAAAAGCCGGACGGCUGAAGUUUGGUUUCUGCUGUGGUCCUGCGCUGUAUCGUAGAGGCAACAAAUUAAUUGACCUCUCCUUUAUACACCCGUGCUUGCACUUUUAUUUACUAGUUUGACAUACCUGAGAAGCACUCUCGUUAAUUAUUUGAUAACUUUGUUCCCAUUAAACUGCCUGCUUUUCUAUGGAGAGCUCCUUUUUGUUGUAUAGUUGCAGACCUAAAUAGGAAUUUCCAAACGUGAAUAUUUUUUCCCUGUGAAGUAAAAGAAACUCUGAUCAACAAUAUUUUCAGUUUUUGUGGUGAGGUGAUUGGAGUGUAUGUUUUCUCCACUCGUGUUGAAUGUAUUGAUGAUGUGGUAGUAUGGUUGUGAUGUGUUAGCACAGCAGAAGUGGAUACCUCCAAGAUCACAACCACUGGAAGAAAGUGUUGUACUACAAGCAUGUUUGGAUGCCUUCGGUGCUGGGUGAUACUGCUGGAGAUAAUCGAAUGAAGAGAAAGAUACCUGGUGCAUGGUUGGUGACAUGCUGGGUUUGCUUACACCUAGGGAGAAAGAAAACCUUGUUUUUCCUUAGUCUCAUUUUACUUGACAUCAGUGCAGGAACUGAAAGUCCAAAUGGAUAUUCCCUCAUGACUGUCCAUGGAUGACUUAGUUUUACACUGCCAUCCGUUGUAUAAAGAAAACUUCUUGUUGCUCUGCUGUUUCGUGCUAUUACUAAAUGUUUGUUGGAGUUUGUUAGGUGAUGUUAGUGCAGCCAUCUUUGUGUAUAAAGGAAUGACAAAAAAACGACUACUUUUUGAUGUUCUGUGUAAUGACUGCAGUUAUUUUGUUACGGCGAUCACACUUCUUUUUCCCCCUCGGAGCUUUGCGCUAACCCUUUGCGACACGAGACGUUCUAAGUUCUGUAUCCGUGUUUAGAUGUCUAGGUGGGCCAACUAUUUUCCUUUGGACAUACGCUCUGAGGACCAAUGGAUGGAAUUAGAUUGCAUUUCAUUUUUUUCUUGCAUAGUUGACCAAAGACUGCUCUCAGCUGUAUGUUUGUUUCAACCAGCUAAGGGAUGCUUAGACAGUUUUCCCGCACAGCAAAGUGAAGUUCCGAAGACGAGGAAAUGACGUAGCAAGAGGUAUCGGGGCUCAUUCAGGCUCCUAAAUGGGCGUGAAAGCCAUGGCUUCGGCUAGACGCCGUAGUUGCGUCAAAGCCAGUCACGCCACCAAAGCUUGUGGUACGGGUUGCUCACCUCUGAAAGCAAAUAAGCUCUCAACUGCACUUUGAAUGCUCAUGAAUGCACAUCUUGGGAUGUAGACACGCACCUCGCAGUUAGCGUUCGCAAGCCGAAUUAUCUCCAGGGAUGCAAUAAUUCAUGGUCUGGAGGCAGCCCCGGGCAUGGUACUGUUUCAGCAAAUUUGUAGGCACUUGCACAUUUCUUGGGACAGUGCUUGCCUUUUUCUUUUUUCUCAUCGUCAUGGUUUUGACCUUUAAAACUAGUUCCUUAACAUGUUCCUGUAUUGUGCAUGCAUGCCUUUAAGCACACACGUGAAGCAACCUGUGAAGCAACUUGUACAUAUGUUUCUGAAAUAAAAAAAGAAGAUUGCUAUGA